ACAGUAGUAGUCUCUAUGGCUGCAAUUUACUCUGGAAUUCACCUGAAGCUGAAAAGUGCAAAAACCUCUUGGGAAGACAAAAUCAAAUUAGCUCACUUUGCAUGGAUUUCCCAUCAGUGCUUUCUUCCAAAUAAAGAACAAGUAUUACUUGAUUGGGUGAGCCAUGCAUUGGUUUCAUAUUACAACAAGAAACUUGAACUGGAGGAUGAAAUUGUUGAGAAACUUUGGACGUACCUGGAUAACAUUCUCCAUAGCAGAAAACUACAGAAUCUCUUAAAGGAUGGAAAGACAAUCAAUCUCAGUUUUUUGAUUGCACAGGUCAUAAAUGAAAGGAUAUCCGAAUCCUGUGUUCAAAAAUCCGACGGAAAUGUUGGCACAGUGCUGAGUUGUUGCAGGGGCAUCCUUUCCACUCCGCCUCUCUCCAUCAUUUAUACAGCAAAAUGUGAGCUGAUGGUGAAUCUCCUAAGCAAGCUCUCCUGGCUGGCCUGUCAAUGGCUGACCUCCGAAGAUGCUGUGACCUCCCAGUUGUUUGAUGUCCUACAGCUGACCUUUGCUCAGUACCUCCUGAUUCAGAGGCAACAGAUCAACCCAAAUCGUGUGUUUGGGCAAGUGACCAGCCACUUGUUUCAACCAUGUCUGCUCCUGAGGCAUUUGCUUAUGGCCAGAGUGUGGACACCAGCUGAUGAUGGCCGUGUACGUCAGCAUCUGAGCCGGGAAAUCCGAAACCAAGUAGAGGCUGUGCUGCAGGCUGGGAUUUUCCAGCCUGAGCUCUUGUCCUCUUACAGAGAGGAGCUCCUGACAGAAAGGGAACCACAAGACAAAAAGAAAAGGGCUCUUAAAACUAUUCUGAUGCCUGUCAAUACAGUGCUGUCCAAGCUUCGUGAUGCUAGCUUUUGUGAACAAACGCUCCAGGUGAUCAUAGUAGCAAAUUCAGUACCUCUGCUUUAUAAGCUCUUUUUGGACUCUUACUGUAAGGCAGAAAACCACAUGGUCUGUUUCCACAUGUUCACCAGGCUUUUUGGCUGUCUAAGGAUUUCUCACCUGCAGGAGGAUCUAUGGCAGGAGAUGCUCUCGCCAGUAGACUGGAGCACAGAACUCCUUGCUGUGGAACAGCUCCUGAACUUGGUGCUCAGCAAGGAUAUCUAUAACGUUGCUGCUGACCGGAUCAGGCACAAAGGGACCCAAUUCCAGUUUUACCGCAAACUGGCAGAAAUGUUGGUGAAUCACUCACAGGCUUCCAUCCCAGCUUGGUUUAGGUGUCUCAAGGCCUUGAUUUCAUUAAAUCAUUUAAUUGUCGAGCCUGAUCUGGAUGACCUAGUGGCCUCAGCUUGGAUUGAUGCAGAGGUCUCUGAGCCACGUACAAAGAAGCCCCAGGAGACUCUCAUAAAUGCCAUGUUUCAGACUUACACAAAGCUGCGACAGUUCCCUAAACUCUUUGAAGAGGUUCUGUCUGUGAUCUGCCGUCCAGCUGCUGAUGAGUUAAGGCUGCCGGUCUUGUCUGCUGGGCUGACGGAAAAAGUUCGUGAAUGCCUCCUCGAGCUGCCACCCAACCAGAUUCUGGAUAUUUUGUUCCUCAUACUGGAGAAGUGUCAGACUCUAAUAAUUCCUGAUGUUAAAGAUGACUCUGACAUGGCACUGAAGCUGCUGUCUGUGAGCUCAGUACUGCACACUUUUCUGUUCAACAUGAAGAGUUUGGAUAAUGUCACCCCAUUACCUGUUGUCCUUCGCACUCAGAGUCUGUUGGACAAAAUGCAGAGAGAGGUAAUCCAGCCAUUGCUGGACCUAUUGAAGGAUCACUGGGCAGAGGAAAAUAAACCAGGGCUUUGGCUAGAGAAGGUCAGUGACUCUGCACUCCUCCUCGUCUACACGUGGGUGGAGCUUGACACUCUGCUUAGUAUAAACUGCAGCAAAUAUGUGUCUCGGCUGGCUGAAGCAGCUGGUGGUGUUACUGACUGUGCUGCAGAGAGCUGGGACUUCUCAGCCCUUCUCCCUGGCGUGGAUAGACAGUGUUGGAAGAGGGUAGUGAGACUCUCAAGUAAUUUCUGCUCGGCUAGUAAAUAUUGCUUAGAACUGCUCAUGCUUCAGAAAAUAAAAAAGAUCUUAAUGCAAACCAGUUUUCAGACUGAGGCUGAUCUUCACACUUUGCAGCAUGCCGCAGCUUUCAUCCUUCAUUCUGGAAGAUCAAGCAUGAGCAUGGAAGAGUCAGAACCUUGGAAUGGCAACAUUAGUGCAAUAAAUGCUCUCACCUACCCAGCUGCACACUGGUACCUUGUAGUCUCAAAUCUAACAAUCCUGGUUCCUCAUCUUUCUCUGAAAGAUGUAGAGUAUGUUGCUGAUGUGCUUCUGAAGAUUUUAUCAUCAACUAAAGCUCCGGGAGUUUCCGCAGAUCAGGAUUCCUUCAUCACAGCUGAAAAGGUUUCUAAAGCUUUGCUGCAUAGUACUUUUCUUCCAGAAAUUAAGGUGCUGCACUGUGCUUUUAUAAGCCGCGUUAUUCAGCAGUGCUCUAGUGUGCUGUGUUCUGCUACUCAGGGCGUCGCAGAUCAGCCUAUUCAACAGCUGUCUGCAGAUAAUAUACCAUGGCAUGAGGAAGUCCUCUCAUCUUGCAAAAUGGUUGGCAUGGUGGAAGCACAGGCAGAAAACAAUCAAUCAAAGGAUGAAGCCUUCAUUUGCUGGACAACAAUGGAAAAAAUUGCUCAACGUAUAUUGUUGUUAACAAGGGCCGGUUCCACCAUUACUUUGGAAGAAGACCAGAUAGAAAGCUUUUUGCAUUUACUAGAGAUUAUUUCUGCAUUGAAACUUGACAGUCUUUUUCCUUCAGACCAUACCCGUUGUUUUCUCUUGCUGCUAUCCUUGGUAGCCAAUACCAGAGCUAACGUCUCUUGCAGUAAGUUGCUAUCACUGAAGUUUCUAAUUACCUGCUUCCGCCUCCUAACAUGCCUUCAGACUGGCAGAAGUGUCAAUUCCGUCUUUAAAGUUUUUCAUGCCAGUGAUGCUCUUGAGGCUGUCAUGACCGCCCUGUUUGCAGCCAGCAAGUGCUUUGCUGAUGUUUUGACCACUCCCGACUGGGCAGAAUUUCUCCAGGUGAUCCAAACCUUUUUGGAAUGCUUUCUUCAGAUGAUAGUUGAAAAGAGGCAGAGCCUGAAACUCAAUUUGGAAAAGUUCACUUUUUUCCUAGCGAGCUGCAAACCAUAUGCUGAUGCAGAUAGAGGCAAGCCCUGGAACACUGCAGUCAAUCAGUUGCUCCUAGUGCCGCUAACCACACUCUGCCAUGUUCUGACUCUGUACCUCCAGCAGCAGCCAGAGAAGAAACAGCAACUGACAGAAAUGCUGUCUGCUUUGUUGGAGCCAACUGUCCUCCAGACGGGAGCAGCCAUCCAGCUCUGCCUUAGAAACCUCACCAAAGACCAGCCUUUGCCUUUGGCAUUCAUCCCAUCUGUCACAACCCUACUGAAAGCAGAUCUGAGCUACAUGUCCACGGGUGGCUUUAUGAAAAUGGAAGGCGAGCAAGAGAAUUCUAAAGACCCAGGAAAAUAUCGGGAGUGUUCCCACACUGAACUGUACCAAAAGUUUUACACUCAGAUACUGAGAGAGCUGACCUCUGCAGGAAGCCAUCUCCAGUUCCUUCACUCUGCCUUGCAGUUUUUAACUGUUUUCUGCUCAGUAACAGAUCUGUAUCCUGGAGAAGAGACUGCUCUCACUGUGUUUCAUGCUGUAAAAAACCUACUUGCUGGCCCUGGCACCACAGUCCAGGUGAUUCAAGAUCUAGAAAUGCAGCUGACAGAAUUGAUGACCCAGCUCGUGGAGAGCUGCACUACUGAGGAGUUCUGUGUCAUGAUGAGGCUGGUGCUCCAAGGACUUGAAGUUAGCAAUAUUUGGAAACAAAAUCCUAAAGAAGCAUUGUCAGCUGUUACGCUAAUCAAAUUGCUGCUCAGCUGCCCAUUAACUGGAGAGAAAGAGAAAGCUUUCUGGUUUACCAGCCCACAGAUAAUCACAGCUUUAGUUAUACAAACCAAAGAGGCUUGUCAGGACCAGUUGCUGAUUCCCACCAUUGUUGUUCCUAUCCUGGAGACGGUAGCAGCCCUGCUGAGGCAAGGAGAAGAGAUUCUCUCCAAUCCCCAUCAUGUGACACUGGCAUUCAGCAUUCUUCUGACUGUCCCUCUGGAUCAUUUGAAGAUGGAGGAGUAUGGGAGCAUCUUCCUGGGAAUUCAUGAAGUGCUGUUCUCCAUACUGCAGUGUCACCCUAAGGUGAUGCUAAAAGCAGCGCCAUCUUUCCUGAACAGCUUCAAUAGGCUGGUUGUUUCUGUUAUGCAUGAGGGGCGACAGAAAGGAGACAGAGGGAGCACGGAUGAGUUUGGAGUUGUAUUGAAAUGUGCACACUUGGUAGAAAGGAUGUAUAGUCACAUUGCUGCAAAAACAGAGGAGUUCACAGUGUUUUCUGUCUUCAUAGUGGCCCAAUACGUGAUUGAACUGCAGAAGGUGACCUUACAUCCAGCUGUAAAGAAACAUCUAACUGAGGGAAUGUAUCACAUCCUAGACCUUUGCAUUGAACGAGACAUCAAGUUCUUAAAUGCAUCGCUACAGAUGGGCGUAAGAGAAGUCUUUAAGGAAUUGUACAAUGAUUAUACCCACUACCACAAAACUAAAAAACAUGGGGAGAAAAAGUACACUGCAUGAUGUAUCCUUCCUAACAUUUGCAUAAUCAGUAAGGACUUGAUCUUGUGUGGAGCUGAGAAACCUCAGCUCUGAUUGAGUUCAGGAUAAUCAACACAUUACAGGAUCAUGCCCUCAGUUGUUUUGUUAAAAGUGAAAUAUUGAAUGAUAUGUCCCUGUAUAACUGGCCUCUACAUCUAUGGUAGGAAAAAGACACACGCUUAGGCUUUCGGCCCUGCUGCAAUUGUGCAGCGCCCCAUUUAAAUCUCUCUCUGCAGUCUGUAUAUGUGCUACUUGUUGCAGGAUCUGGGGCCUUAUGUAGUUUUCCUGUGCAAGCAAAAAAUGUACUGAGUGAAAACUUUCAGUGAUUAUGCAACUGCCCUGCUGUCAAUUACAAUGGGGAGCAGCACUAAAUAAUGGUAGUGCCCCACACCAUACUUUUUUUUACAUUCAUGCCAAAUACAUUUAUUUGUGUGCAACUGUAAAAUAUUCAGUCAGCUUCUGUUACAAAAUUGUGUAAAUACAGAUUUUUAGAAAACCUGA